AUGCAAAACUACACGUGUAACAGUUGUGGGCUUGCCUUUCCCACCCCGGAAGACCAGAGGUCGCACAUGAAGACUGACUGGCAUAGGUACAACCUCAAGAGAAGAGUGGCCCAGCUGCCAGCCAUAGACGAAGAAACCUUCAACUCAAAGAUUGCCGCUGUGAUCAAGGCCGAAGAGGCUGUUGACCAGGAUGCGCCCAUGUCAAAGAAAGACUUGAGAAGGCAACAGAAAGAAGAUCUAGCAGAAAAAAAGAGAGCUCUUUUGGAAACCGCUAGAAGGCAGAUGAGUAAGCUUACUGUUGAUGAAAUCAGGGCUAAGAAACAAUCACGUGAAGCUGCCGAAGCCAGCACAGAUUCUGAAGUCGCAGCUGAAAAGAUCCCAGAGACUGCUGAGACAGAAGAACAAGAACCAGAACCUACCCCAGAAGAGCUCGAGGAGAAACUGAUGGAGGAGAAACUGGCCAACCGUGUUGAGAUUCCACUGAAUAGCUGUUUGUUCUGUUUGAAGACAUUCCCAUACUUGGGUGUAUGUAUGACCCAUAUGCUCAAGGCUCAUGGUCUCUACAUUCCCGAGCCAGACUACCUGGUAGACGUUGAAGGUUUGAUCUCGUAUCUCGGUGAGAAGAUCGGCCUCGGAAAUGUGUGUUUGAGUUGUAAUUUUCAGGGCAGAUCUUUGGAAAGUGUGAGAGCUCAUAUGAUUUCUAAGAGCCAUUGCAAGAUACCCUAUCACUCGGAGGAUGAAAAGCUGGAGAUUUCAGAGUUUUACGACUUCACUAGUUCUUACGGGAAGGUUACUACCGGUGAUAAUGAGGAAGAAACCAGUGAUUGGGAGGAUGUUGAAGAGGGAAGUGGAUCAUCUUCUGAUGACGAAGAAGAAGUUCCUCAAGAGGUCAUAUACAACAACGGUUACGAACUGCAUCUUCCAACCGGAAAGGUUGCGGGUCACAGAUCGAUGCUCAAAUACUACAGACAGACCUUCAGACCAGAAAAGGUGUUAUCCGAAGGCCAGGGUACUUUGGUUGCUGCCGAAGCAAGGCACUUUGCCACUGUCGCGGAUCGCCAACAGUUACAACUCCAGAAGAGAGUCUGGAAGAGAGAAUACAAGGCAAAGGACAGUUACGACAGACAUGCCGCCAGGACCAGAAACCACCAGGCGCAUUACAGAGAUCAAUUGCUGCAAUAA